AUGUUUUUUUGUGAUCUAAGGGGCAGCUUCAUUAUAAUAGUCUUUUUUCUUUUUCUCUUUCUGGUGACCGGGGUUAUAUUUUCAAUCUGGUUCGUAUCUUCACUUCUGGUCAGCAGCAGGAUUUUCUUCUUUAUGAGAUAUGUGGUCGCAGCUUGCUUUCUCGGAGUUGCAAUUGAUAUGACUUCACCCGUCACGAUCUGGCCAGCUACUGAUUUUUCGAAUCACCUCGUGUGUCUCUUCUUUUGGCGCCUAAAUUUUCUACUCGCUGAUUGUUUGUUCUCUGCCAAUCGUGUUGCUUCUUUCAUAUGCCGCUUCGGUUGGGUUUCUUUUAGCGUUCGCCUACGCGUAUGUAAUCUAGCCAGAUUCUUUCCUUCUCGUCCUGUCUUUCUCUAUCUCUCUUUACCUUGCACUCUUAGCCGUUUGAUAUCGCUAUUUCUAUCUGGGGUGGAGGCUCAAUCUCCCAGUCUUUUAAUAUAUUUAUUCAAUCCUGAUUAUCUCAUUCUUUCUGAAUCAUCUAUCUAUCUAUCUAUCUAUCUAUCUAUCUAUCUAUCUAUCUAUCUAUCUAUCUAUCUAUCUAUCCCUGUUGAUGUAUCUCUUAGCCAUUUAACUCUUUUCUUUUCUUCCUAUCUAUCUAUCUAUCUAUCUAUCUAUCUAUCUAUCUAUCUAUCUAUCUAUCUAUCUUUUGUCUAUUUAUCUAUCUCAAUUCGUCAUUGUAUUUAUUUCAUCCUGAUUUUAUCUAUCUAUCUAUCUAUCUAUCUAUCUAUCUAUCUAUCUAUCUAUCUAUCUAUAUUCAUAUUUAUGAAAUCCCAGCAGAAAUUAUGCAUGAUUAUUUUAUAG